AUCAACUGAAAUGUUGUGUUUUUCGCUCCUACUUUUAUUUAUUGCCUCAAUUUCCGCAAAGGAAAAUCGUAUUGUUGGCGGAGAAGAUGCCAAACCUCACGAAUUUCCGUACCAAGUGUCACUUCAAAUGCUCUAUCACCCCGAAAAUGGAACUUACGUUCAUUUCUGCGGAGGAACGAUCCUCAAUCCAAAUUUCGUUUUAACUGCAGCUCAUUGUAUGAUUGACAAAAGUGCUGAAUUCCGUGCCGAAAUGAGAAUUAUUGCUGGAGCUCAUGUUUUGAACACUACAAAUGGACAUGAACAAAUUAGGAAGCUCAGUAAAUUCGUUGCUCACAAACAAUUCCGUGGCGGAGUGAAUCCCUUUGACAUCGCCAUCCUAAAAGUUUCGAAACCCUUCAAGUUUAACGAUCAAGUCAAAGCUGGAACAUUGCCUCCAUCGGAUUUCAAUGCAACUGGAAAAGCGAUAAUGUCUGGUUGGGGCUACAUGUCAAAUGAUUACUCUUAUAUUCCUGCGGAAACACUACAAAAGGGCCUUGUAGAGAUCUAUAAUGACACAACAUGUCACGAAAUGUGGAAAGGCGGCAAGUAUCACGACACAAAUAUCUGCGCGGGAGACAUCAAAGGAGUGCCAGCAGCGUGCAAAGGCGACAGCGGCGGUCCAUUUUCGCAAAAACAACCAAAAAUCGACGAAACGUAUGUCAUUGGUGUCAUCUCGUGGGCUCAUUAUCCGUGCGGAAGGAUGCUUAAACCAACUGUCAUGGUCGAAACUUCGCAUUUUGUCACUUGGAUUCGUGACAAUAUCAAAGCUAUGAAAUAAAUCGAGUUGAAUAAACGUGUCAGCUAUCGUACGCUUAAUGACUACGACAAACGACGAGCUUCGUUGUUAAUGAUAAUAAUCACAUUCCAUCUCUGUAUUGAUUCUCAUGACGGAGUUCCCCCGUUUUAGUCGUUCAUUCAACAAUUUU